CAUCUACUUUCAAAAAAUCACUCACCCCUGAGAUGCCGGGUUCCUCUGGGCAGCCAGGCUCACAGACAAUAAAGAAAGGGCACAGAGGAGUGGACUCCACGGGCGAGACUACCUAUAAAAAGACGACAUCAUCUGCCUUGAAAGGUGCCAUUCAGCUGGGCAUCACACACACAGUUGGAAGCUUGAGCACCAAACCUGAAAGAGAUGUUCUCAUGCAAGAUUUCUACGUAGUAGAAAGUAUUUUCUUCCCAAGUGAAGGGAGUAACCUGACCCCAGCUCAUCACUACAAUGACUUUCGGUUCAAAACCUAUGCUCCAGUGGCCUUUCGCUAUUUCCGGGAGCUGUUUGGGAUUCGACCAGAUGACUAUCUGUACUCGCUCUGCAGUGAGCCACUCAUUGAACUUUCAAACUCCGGGGCCAGUGGAUCCCUCUUCUACGUAUCCAGCGACGAUGAGUUUAUAAUCAAAACGGCUCAGCACAAAGAGGCUGAGUUCUUACAGAAGCUGCUACCUGGCUACUACAUGAAUUUGAACCAGAACCCAAGGACGCUGCUGCCAAAGUUUUACGGCUUGUACUGUGUCCAGGCCGGAGGCAAAAACAUUCGCAUUGUUGUGAUGAACAACCUACUGCCGCGCUCUGUCAAAAUGCACCUGAAAUAUGACCUGAAGGGCUCCACCUAUAAGCGCCGAGCAUCCCAGAAGGAGCGAGAGAAGGUCUUCCCAACAUACAAGGACUUGGAUUUUAUGCAGGACAUCCCUGAUGGCCUCUUCUUAGACUCUGACAUGUAUAAUGCUCUGUGCAAAACGUUACAGAGAGACUGUUUGGUCCUGCAGAGCUUUAAAAUCAUGGACUACAGUUUGCUGGUUGCAAUCCAUAACAUCGAUCUGGCACAGAGAGAGCACGCGAUAGCAGAUGGGACAUCCCAGACCGAUACGCGGCGACCUGCUGCCCAGAAGGCCCUCUACUCGACAGCUAUGGAAUCCAUCCAAGGAGAGGCCCGGCGAGGUGGCACCAUAGAAACAGAUGACCAGAUGGGAGGCAUUCCAGCCCGCAACGCGAAGGGGGAGAGGCUGCUGCUCUACAUCGGCAUCAUUGAUGUGUUGCAAUCCUACAGAUUUGUCAAGAAGCUGGAGCACUCUUGGAAGGCCCUUGUACACGAUGGGGACACUGUAUCUGUGCACAGACCCAGCUUCUACGCCGAAAGGUUCCAACGGUUCAUGUGCAACACAGCAUUCAAGAAAAUACCACUAAAGCCAUCCCCUUCUAAGAAGAGCCGGUCUGGCACAGCAGUUCCUCGGCGGAGCUGUCAAGGAGGAGUGCCUUCCCAGUCGCACAUGUCGUGCGAGACAAAAGCACAAGUCAUGACAGAGGCGGAUAUAGAGCAAGGUUCCCACCUUGGUCGCCCAGAUCUCCUGCCUAGGACCCUGCCGGUAGACGAAGCUAACAGCGACUCCAUCGCAACAACCCUGUCCACCUCUUCCUUGGGCAGUGGAGGCCUCAACUCGCCCGCAAAUAGGUCUCCCCCUUCUGUUUCCCCAGCGGCUCCCCAGGACCUUCCAUACCCGAGUGCUCCGCAGAGCUGA